AUGGCAGAUAUACCCGAAAUGGAUGAGUUUGCGCAGACCCGAGGCGCCGACGAUCUAUUCGACGAUGAGAUUAUACCAGUGUCGGCGGAGCAGCAAGCACAGACGGACGUAGUUGUCCAAGAGGCAGCGCCUGCGCCACCAAAGGAGCCCGUGGUCGAAAAAACCCCCAUCGAGAAGACGCCUGCGCGAGAGGACGCUUCGCAACGAAGUCGUGGCACAGAACGAGGGCGAGGCCGUGGCCGGGGGCGAGGAGGUCGGGGACGCGGAGGGCGCGGUGGACGUGUCGAGAAUGCUCCACGGCACAAGGCCUCUGCGACUGCGGCUGAGCCCGAGAGUGAGCGAGAUCCUGUGACUGUAGCUGAGGCUGAAAGCGCGCGAGAGGAGACGGCCACACCCGAUAAGCCCCAGGAGGGUUUGAAGGAGCAGUCUAGCCAGAGUGAGGAAGCUACUACCGAUGCUGCGGCUAAUGGAGCUGAAGCGCAGCGUGUACCGGCUGUUCGUGGGGAUCGCAGUGCCACUGGGGGAGUAAGGAAGCCAAAACUCACCGAGGAAGAAUUGUCAAAGCGCAUUGCAGCUGCCAAGGAAAACGCGGCCAAAAAGGCAGCUGCUCACGCUCGCGCUGAAGCAGAUGAGGCAUCGUUCCUGGAACGGGAGCAGGUCGCAGCCGAGAAGCGUCGUCAGGAACAAGCAAAUCGCCGAGUUAUGGACAAAGAGCGUGAACAAAAUCGCCAGCGCAAGCUUAAGGCCGUUGGUGGCCGGGAGUGGGAUUCGCAGAAACAAGAGGAGGACUAUAAUCCGCGCGGUAGUGGGAGUCAGUUCAGACGGGGCAUGCACGGCGGUGUGUCGGGAUAUGCGCGACGUGACUUCGACACUCGUUCACCGGAUGAUUUGACUGGCGACUCGCCAAGUCGCCGCGGGCGUGGACGUGGUGGUGGUCGAGGUGGUCGUGGCCGAGGACGCUCGCCUUCCGCGGGACCUUCCAAAAAGAGUCCAUUGCCCACUGCUCCCAGUGCGAAUAACGAAGCAGAAUUCCCUGCUCUUCCCGUUGAAACCAAAAAGCUAGAUACUACCUCGACAACAGGGUCUGAGUUGCCUAAGCUUGACAAGCUUGACUCCUUGUCACCUGUGCGCGGCAGUUGGGCCGAUCAAGUCGAAGAGUAA